AUGGCCAUGCACCCGUCGCGACAGGCAUAUGUGGAAGAAGCGCGCGAGGUAAGCCGUCCUCUCCGACCAAAUCAAGCCGCGACGAGCAGAUCAUAUUCACAUGCAAACCCAGACCGACCACGGCGGACGGCAUACGAGAGGGAACGGUUGACUGAUGUUGAUCACUGCAGGAUGACGGGAGGAUUGACAUUGCAAACCUACGUGAGAUCUCCUGGAUCUCUCGUGCGAUUACACCAAGCUGAUGAGCACACAGCCUCCGAUACCAACUACCAGAUUCCCAGCCUAGCCGCAGGCCAACAGUCUCAGCAUGCCUCUACAGUGCUUGGUGAAAUGGCGCGGAAGCGCAAAGCUGCCGCACUUGCUGUGCCGACAGAUGAUCAGCGAGUGCGAACAGAAUUGCGGUCGAGAGGCGAGCCCAUCACGCUUUUCGGCGAGCGCAAAGAGGACAGACGGGACAGAUUACGAGAGCUGAUGCUCAGAGAGCAAGAGGGUGGCUCGAACGAAGAUGAAUCCAUGGCCGAUGCAGACGAAGAUGAGGAAGAGGGUGCCGAGGAAGGAGAAUUCUACAUCGAGGGCAGUCAAGCUCUCCUGGCAGCAAGAAGAGACAUUGCACGAUAUUCGAUACCACGAACGAAGCAACGGAUCGCACACCAACGGACCGAGAGCAAGAUACCCGUGGCUACGCAUGUCAAGCAUCGUAAGGAGAUCAAGGAGAAGCUUUCGGGAAUCGAGCUUUUUGGCAGUCAGAUCGCAAGCGAACGACCCGUGGGUAUUGUGCGCUUUGCACCGAACGGAGAGAUGUUGGCGUGUGGUGAUUGGGGAGGUAGCGUCAAACUCCUGGACGUGCCAAAUCUGGAAACCAAGACCGUGCUGCGAGGACACAAGGGCAUAGUGGGAGGUCUCGCCUGGUUCCCUGGGGCGACGUUGCCAGGUUCGAACGUAGCGCCGGAGAGCGUCAACCUUGCAUCUGCCGCUCAAGACAACGAGAUUCAUUUGUGGUCACUGAUGCAAGAUACGCCCCUUGCAACGUUGAGCGGACACACUUCACGGGUGUGCAGAACAGAGUUCCACCCUUCAGGGCGCUAUCUGGCAAGUGCUAGCUACGACACGACAUGGAGGUUAUGGGAUGUCAACACCACCACAGAGCUCUUGUUACAAGAGGGCCAUAGCAAAGAAGCUUUCACCGUCAGCUUCAAUGAUGAUGGUAGUCUGAUUGCCUCGGCCGGACUCGAUUCCAUAGGGCGCAUAUGGGAUCUGAGAACUGGCCGAACCGUCAUGCUCUUAGAAGGGCAUACGGCCCCCAUAUAUGCCCUGGACUGGCAUCCUGACAGCUACAGAGUGAUGACCGGAAGUGCAGACGCAUCUGCUCGAGUGUUCGAUAUUCGAGCGGUGAAAGAAAGUGCUAGGCUGGGCGCUCACACCAAUGGCGUUUCGGAUGUGCGCUGGUUCAGGGGCACCGAUGGUCCCUUGUCAGGAAAUCUUCCCCAAGCCGACGCAAUCAUGACAAACGGAGACACUGACCAUGAAGACGAAAUUCAACCCAAGAAGAGUGGCACAUUUGUUGUUACUGCCGGCUUCGAUAAGGCAGUCAAUGUCUUCUCUGCGGAUGACUGGGCCCUCUGCAAGUCUUUGACUGGGCACGACAGCACUGUGUAUGCCGUCGAUGUCACCGCGGAUUCAAAGUGGAUCGCUUCAUGCGGCAAAGACAGAACCGUCAAAGUAUGGGCACGGGACGACAUGGAUGGAAUAUGA